ACUGCACUUCCGGGCUUUCCAAGAACCUGGAGGGUGCUAAAAAUUGUACACAAACUAACCAACUCUCUUACAGCGAUGUAACCAUUCGUGUGAAGGUGGGAAUACUCCCAAAAAACUAUCCAGUAGUUGAGCUAAGCACAGAUCAACAAAAUCUUAUUGAAGAUGCAAUUUUUGAUGCUGUUCUACUUCAGCGGAAAGAACAACUGAAACCAAAAUUUGCCAAUUGCACCUACAAACCAGGGUACAUGAUUAUCAACUGUCUCGACAAACCUACGUCUGAGUGGUUGAUGAAAUUGGUCCCUUCCCUAGUUCCGUGGAAAGACGCGGAGCUUCUGGCUGUCGAUGAGAGCAACAUUCCAAAGCCAGACAUUCUUGUUACAAUCUUUCCGAAGAGUGUAAAAUACGAUAACAACAUAAUUAAAGCGCUUAUAGAGAGCCAAAAUAACAACAUCAACACUGACGCGUGGAGAAUCCUAAAACGCUCAGUGAUCAAUAAUUUGCACAUCGAGUGGGCACUCACGGUCGACGGAGCAUCAAUGAAGACGCUAGUUAACCGAGGCAUGACCAUCAAUUAUAAAUUUGGGCAAAUUUCGUUCAGAAAAUCAAAUAGAAGUUCAGGCAAACCCAAAACAAAAGACCCAGAGGUCUCUGAUGAAGGGAAGAAUCCAAACUCUGGACAAACGGGCUCCACUUGUUCAGACCUAGAGGGCAAAACCAAAGGCGUCAAAUGCGUCAGCGGUAUACAGAACUCAGGGUCAAACAAGAUCAGUGCCUGUUUGUUCCAGAGGGAGAGUUCAAGCACUUCAUCAAGAAGACCUGAAAUCACUGCUGGCUGUUCAAAAAGCUUCAAUGAUACCACUACGAAUGUUCAGAAGCAGACCAGCACAAAGACAAUUGGAAGCCACUCCAAUCAGAGGGAUAAUCUCAUGCCCCUGAAGAAUGGUAACCAACAAAACCCACAAAAUACAGAAUAAUGUAAAACUCAUUCAGGUGAACCUUCACCACGCCAAGGGAGCAAGUAGUGUCCUAUGCAGAAGGUUCAUUCACGAGAAUUUGGACGUGGCUCUUAUUCAAGAGCCUUGGUUCAACAAUCAUAGAAUCCGAGGAAUUUCUACACCAAAAAAAUUCAUCAAUAGAGACAUCGUGGCAAUACAAUUGGAGGUACCAACGACCCGAGGGAAAACCGCCAUCAUCAUCGCAUCAGCUUAUUUUCCAGGAGACAACGUUGAAAUUCCCCCAUUAGAAGUUGCUGCGUUGGUUCAACACUGUAAAUUGAAGAACAAACAAUUCAUAAUAGGAUGUGACGCUAAUGCCCAUCAUACGGUCUGGGGUAGUAGCGACGUCAAUACUAGAGGUGAGUGUUUGCUUGAAUAUUUAAUGUCGCAUAAUAUUAACAUUUGUAACCAGGGAAACGAUCCAACAUUCGUUAACUCAGUUAGACAAGAAGUUCUUGAUCUAACACUCUGUAGCUCUAAAUUAUCAGAUACGUUAAAGAAUUGGCAUGUGUCAAGUGAAGAAUCGCUAUCUGAUCACAAACAUAUAAUGUUUAAUUAUAAUUCAGGAGAUCUUCUGAUAGAACAAUUCAGAGACCCUAGAAAAACAAACUGGGAUAUUUAUCAUUCCAAACUUCUCGACAAUAAUUCGAUGUCAUUGAAAAUUAUUUCUUCCACUGAACAGCUUGAGCUAGUUUCGUCGGAAUAUGGAACCAAUAUUUCAUCAACAUUUGAAGAAAGCUGUCCACUAACGCGGAAAACAUCAAGUAAGGAUGCAUCUUGGUGGAACAAAAAACUCGAAAAGCUUAGGAAAUUAUCUAGAAAACUUUUCAACAAGGCAAAAAUUACUUCUAAUUGGACAGAGUACAAAAACUGUCUAACGGAAUAUAAUAAAGAAAUUCGCAAAUCCAAAAGAAGGACUUGGAAGCUCACUUGCGAGGCUGUAGCACAACAACAGCAGUAA